AUGGAUACCGUCGCCGCUCGUCUCGCCGCCCCACGGCAGGUGGCGCCGGCAGCAGCGCUUCGCCCGCAUCCUCGCCGCACUCCCGUCGCGACUCUUCAUUCUCUUCCCCGUGUCGGCCCGCAGCUACUGGCACGCUGCCACGUGUCGCCGUCUGCGUCGCUUGCCGUUCGCACGGCAUCGUCUGGCUCCUCUACUCAGUUGUCGUCGGAUUUCAUCAACUCGCAGCUGCGACACUUUAAUGGGCGACCCCUUUCGUCAGCCCUAGUCCAAUCGCCAGGAGUGGCGCCUCGACGGCGGUUCCACCGCUCUGCACCAUGCCGUGCUGCCGCCAGCGGAGGCAGGAUCAGCCAGGGCGAGUUCACGGAGGCGGCGUGGCAGGUGAUAAUCGCGUCGCCGGAGGUGGCGAAGGAGAGCCGGCAGCAGAUCGUGGAGACGGAGCACCUCAUGAAGGCGCUGCUGCAGCAGCGCAACGGCCUCGCGCGCCGCAUCCUCGCCAAGGCCGGCAGCGACGGCACGGAGCUGCUCUCCGCCACCGACCGCUACAUCGCGCGCCAACCCAAGGUGUCGGGCGACUCGAGUCAGAUGCUGGGGCGCGAUCUGGAGGCGCUGAUAGAGCGCGCGCGGGGGUUCAAGGCGAGCAUGGGCGACGAGUUCGUGUCCAUUGAGCACCUGCUGCUCGCCUUCGUCGGCGACAGGCGCUUCGGCGAAAAGGCGCUGCGCGACGCGGGGCUGUCGCAGGCGGCGCUGGAGAAGGCCGUCGCUGAAGUGCGCGGCUCGCAGAAGGUCACCGACCAGCAGCCGGAGAACAAGUACGAGGCGCUGGAGCGGUACGGGCGCGAUUUGACGGAGAUGGCGCGGCAGGGCAAGCUGGACCCCGUGGUGGGGCGCGACGACGAGAUCCGCCGCGCCAUCCAGAUCCUCUCGCGCCGCACCAAGAACAACCCCGUGCUCAUUGGCGAGCCUGGCGUUGGCAAGACUGCUAUUUCUGAAGGCUUGGCGCAGCGCAUAGUGCAGGGCGACGUGCCAGAGGCGCUCAUCAACCGCAAGCUGAUAUCCUUGGACAUGGGAGCGCUGAUAGCGGGCGCCAAGUUCCGGGGGGAGUUUGAGGACCGGCUGAAGGCGGUGCUCAAGGAGGUCACUGACAGCAACGGCGGCAUUGUGCUCUUCAUCGACGAGAUCCACACCGUUGUGGGCGCUGGAGCGAGCGAGGGAGCCAUGGACGCGGGCAACCUGUUGAAGCCCAUGCUGGGUCGCGGCGAGCUACGGUGCAUCGGAGCCACGACGCUGGACGAGUACCGCAAGCACAUAGAGAAGGACCCGGCGUUGGAGCGCCGCUUCCAGCAGGUGUACGUGGGGCAGCCGUCUGUGCCGGACACCGUCAGCAUCCUGCGUGGGCUGAGGGAGCGCUACGAGCUGCACCACGGCGUGCGCAUCAGUGACAACGCGCUCGUGGCUGCUGCGUCCCUGUCGGAUCGCUACAUCUCCGACCGCUUCCUGCCGGAUAAAGCCAUUGAUCUGGUGGACGAGGCAGCAGCGAAGAUCAAGAUGGAGAUCACCAGCAAGCCCACUGCCUUGGACGAGGUGGAUCGUGCCGUGCUCAAGCUCGAGAUGGAACGCCUCUCCCUCGGCAACGACACCGACAGGCUGUCCCGCGAGCGGUACGAGCGGCUGGAGAACGAGCUGAAGGUCCUCAAGUCCCGCCAAGCCGAGCUCACGGAGCAGUGGGAGCGGGAGAAAUCGGUGAUGUCGCGCAUCCAGAGCAUCAAGGAGGAGGUGGACCGCGUGAACGUGGAGAUCGGUCAAGCCGAGCGCGACUACGACCUCAACCGCGCGGCGGAGCUCAAGUACGGCAACCUCAUCUCGCUGGAGAAGCAGCUGUCGGACGCCGUGGCGGCGCUGAACGAGUACCAGCAGUCGGGCAAGUCCAUGCUGCGCGAGGAGGUCACCAGCAGCGACAUCGCGGAGGUGGUGGCCAAGUGGACGGGCAUUCCCGUGGACAAGUUACAGGAGUCGGAGAGGGAGAAGCUGCUCAAGCUGGAUGAUGAGCUGCACAAGAGGCUCAUUGGCCAGGAGACGGCGGUGACUGCUGUGGCGGAGGCCAUUCAGCGGUCCAGGGCUGGACUGUCGGACCCCAACCGCCCGAUCGCCAGCUUCAUGUUCAUGGGACCCACCGGUGUGGGAAAGACGGAGCUGGCCAAAUCUCUCGCUGCGUUCCUCUUCGACAGCGAGGAGGCGUUGGUGCGCAUCGACAUGAGCGAGUACAUGGAGAAGCACUCCGUGUCGCGCCUCAUCGGAGCGCCCCCGGGCUACGUGGGGUACGAGGAGGGCGGGCAGCUGACGGAGGCGGUGCGGCGGCGGCCGUACUCCGUGGUGCUGUUUGACGAGGUGGAGAAGGCGCACGGGGACGUCUUCAACGUCUUCCUGCAGGUUUUGGACGACGGGCGCGUGACGGACAGCCAGGGCCGCACAGUGUCAUUCCGCAACACGGUGAUCAUCAUGACGUCCAACGUGGGCUCGCAGUACAUCCUGCAAGCACUCGACCACCAGACCGCUGACAAGGACGUGCAGUACCAGGUGAUGAAGGAGCGCGUGAUGGAUUCAGCGCGUUCCAUCUUCCGCCCCGAGUUCAUGAACCGCAUCGACGACUUCAUCGUCUUCCAGUCGCUCGACGCCGCGCAGAUCACGCGCAUCGUGCGCCUGCAGCUGGCGCGUGUGCAGCACCGCCUCAAAGACCGCAAGAUCCGCCUGCAGGUCACCGACGCCGCCGUCGACCACCUGGGCCACCUCGGGUACGACCCGGCGUACGGUGCCCGCCCGGUGAAGCGGGUGAUUCAGCAUGAGGUGGAGAAUGAGCUGGCUAAGGGGAUUUUGAGGGGGGAUUUUGGGGAGGAUGAUGUGGUGGUGGUUGAUACGGAGAUUGUGGUGGGGGGUGCUGGUGGGGUGCCGACGACCCGGCUUACGUUUAAGGCGGAGCAUGGUGGGGCGUCCAGUGGUGGGGAGAGUGAUGCUGAGGCCAAAGAGCAGGCCAAGAGCUUGUUUGCUUAG